GGCGAAAACUUGGAGCCGGGGACGCAAGCGACGCAAGCGGAGGCGGAAGUACGUGUGCUGGCCACACGUGCCUUUCCCAGCGUGGUGAAAAAGGCGCAGGUUACGGGUGUUUGCAGAGGCAGGUAGGGAACGGAAAGCGGAGUUUAGUGGUCCGGAAGAGACGUUCCAGUUUUUACUCUGUCCCCAGGUUGAGUGACACUCCCCCCGUUUCACCAUGGGCAAGAAGGGCAAAGUCGGGAAGAGCCGGCGGGACAAGUUCUAUCACCUGGCGAAGGAGACCGGUUACCGCUCCCGCUCUGCUUUCAAGCUGAUCCAGUUGAAUCGCCGCUUUCAGUUCCUGCAGAAAGCGCGAGCCUUGCUGGACCUGUGUGCUGCGCCAGGGGGAUGGCUGCAGGUGGCUGCUAAGUUUAUGCCUGUAUCCAGCCUUAUUGUAGGAGUGGACCUGGUUCCAAUCAAGCCUCUUCCCAAUGUGGUGACGCUCCAGGAGGACAUCACAACAGAACGCUGUAGGCAGGCCCUGAGAAAGGAACUGAAGACCUGGAAAGUUGAUGUUGUGCUCAAUGAUGGGGCCCCCAACGUCGGGGCUAGCUGGGUCCAUGAUGCUUACUCACAAGCCCAUUUGACACUGAUGGCUCUGCGUUUGGCUUGUGAUUUUCUGGCCCGUGGAGGCUGCUUCAUCACGAAGGUUUUUCGUUCCCGAGACUAUCAGCCCCUACUCUGGAUCUUCCAGCAGCUCUUCCGCCGUGUCCAGGCUACUAAGCCCCAAGCCUCUCGCCAUGAAUCCGCAGAGAUCUUUGUCGUCUGCCAGGGAUUUCUGGCUCCUGACAAGGUUGACAGUAAAUUCUUUGACCCCAAGUUUGCCUUCAAGGAGAUCGAAGUUCAGGCCAAGACUGUUACUGAAUUGGUAACUAAGAAGAAGCCAAAGGCCGAAGGCUAUGCUGAGGGUGACCUCACGCUCUAUCACCGUACUUCAGUCGCUGACUUUCUCCGAGCUGCCAACCCCGUUGACUUCCUCUCCAAAGCCAGUGAAAUUUCACUAGAUGAUGAAGAGUUGGCACAGCAUCCAGCUACCACUGAGGACAUCCGGGCGUGCUGUCAGGAUAUCAAAGUGCUGGGGCGCAAGGAACUUAGGUCCCUCCUGAACUGGAGAACAAAGCUCCGGCGAUACAUGGCCAAGAAGCUGAAAGAGCAAGCGAAGGCACUGGACAUCAGCCUCAGUUCAGGAGAGGAAGACGACGAAGCGGGUGAGGAGUCUGAGGCUGGGACGGGGCAGCAGCCCUCUGAGGAAGAAGAGGAGGAACGAUUAAACCAGAGCCUGGCAGAGAUGAAGGCCCAGGAGGUGGCAGAAUUAAAGAGGAAGAAAAAGAAGCUGCUGCGUGAGCAGAGAAAACAGCGGGAGCGUGUGGAGCUGAAGAUGGAUCUUCCUGGGGUUUCUAUUGCAGACGAGGGGGAGACUGGCAUGUUCUCCCUGCGCACCAUCCGGGGUCACCAGUUGUUAGAGGAGGUCACACAAGGGGAUAUGAGCGCUGCAGACACAUUUCUGUCUGAUCCGCCAAGAGACGACCUCUACGUAUCAGAUGUUGAGGAAGAUGACGACGACGCAUCUUUGGAGAGUGACCUGGAUCAGGAGGAGCUGGGAGGGGUUGGAGGGUCUCUGGGUCUGAAGGACCAGAAGCGUGUACAAUUUGCUGAAGUAGAAGAUGAUGAAAGAGGAGGAGGAGAAGGGAAUCCACUGCUGGUACCAUUGGAGGAAAAGAUGAUACUGCAGGAAGAACAAGCCCGUCUGUGGUUCUCUAAGGAUGGCUUCAGAGGGAUUGAGGAGGAUGCUGAUGAGGCCCUGGAGCUCAGUCAGGCCCAGCUGUUGUAUGAGAGGCGGCGGAGGGGGCAACAGCAGCUGCCAUCCCCACCUUCCGGUUUGGAGAGUGACAAGAAAGCUCCCCAGCACCAGGAGGCGGGCCCUAAGCAGCCAGAGGCUCCAGCAGAGGCCAAGAGUGCCUCUGGGCCUGACGAAGGAGAGGGCAGCUCGGACAGCGACAGCAGCGGCAGCGAAGAGAGCUGGGAACCAAAGCGCGGGAAGGAGCGAAGUCGUGAACUUAAGUCCGAUGACGGGUUUGAGAUCGUGCCCAUCGAGGACUCAGUGAAACAUCAGAUACUAGAUCCUGAAGGCCUUGCCCUAGGUGCUAUCAUUGCCUCUUCCAAAAAGGCUAAGAGAGAUCUCAUAGAUAACUCCUUCCGCCGGUGUACAUUUAAUGAGGAGGAGGGGGAGCUUCCAGAGUGGUUUGUGCAAGAGGAAAAGCAGCACAGGAUCCGGCAGCUGCCUAUUGACAAGAAGGAGGUAGAACACUAUCGCCAACGCUGGCGGGAAAUCAAUGCACGUCCCAUCAAGAAAGUAGCCGAGGCGAAGGCCAGAAAGAAACGGAGGAUGCUGAAGAAGCUGGAGCAAACCAAGAAGAAGGCAGAGGCUGUGGUGAACACCGUGGACAUCUCAGAACGUGAGAAAGUGGCUCAGCUUCGGAGUCUCUACAAGAAGGCUGGGCUGGGCAGGGAGAAACACCAGGUCACCUAUGUGGUAGCCAAAAAAGGUGUGGGCCGCAAAGUGCGCCGGCCAGCUGGAGUCAGAGGCCCUUUCAAGGUGGUGGACUCAAGGAUGAAGAAGGACCAAAGGGCACAGCAAAGGAAAGAGCAGAAGAAAAAACACAGACGGAAGUGA